GUUGCCCAAGGGCAGUACAUCCAAGAACUUUAAAAUUACUGUUUCCCCUCUCUCUUAGGAAUAUCCUUGAUCCGGAGUGUUUAAUUUGUGGAAAGAAGAUAGUCACAGAUGAUGCAAUUUUUAAUUUUGGCUCUAUAAAACCAGAUGAAAUCAAGAGCAGGGAGACUGAAAGACUUGCCAAACGUAUGAACAAGAAUUUUCUUCGGUCUGGACAAUCAAAUCCAUAUAAGGAUGAUCCAUUGUUACCGAACCUCAACAGAUGGGAGCAUUCAUUUCCAAAGCACUUUGUGCCCCAUUCACCUGCUUUGGGGUUUCAACGUCCAAUUUGUGAUGCAGACGAUCGACACGGAGUAUCAAGUAGCUUGCUUCAGAUGGCUGAGAAAACAGCUCGAGGCCUGGAGGAUGUCCCCGGCUCUUCUCCUGAUGAAAAUGAGUUUCCUUUUGGAUAUCCCACCAGCAUUUGCGAAGAUGCGCCCGAUCAGAAGUACCUGUGCAGCAACUGCAAUAAUAUUCUGAAGAAAGCCCUGCAGACGCUGUGUGGGCAUCGUUACUGCUCCGCUUGCCUGGCAUGGAUCGUACGAAACAAUAAAAAUCCAGUCUGCCAGAAAUGUAAAGAGGAGGAUCCCAGCACUUUAAGCGAAGGAAGCCUAUUGGCAGAAGAAAGGGCUUUCGGUGAUGCUGCCAUUAAUAAAGAGAUCUCUGAACUCAAAGUGCAUUGCGUGACCCUGGGAUGCAGUUGGUCUGGUACCAUGAAAAAUUUUGAGGAGCAUCAGAGCCUCUGCGAAUAUGCUUUAAUCCCCUGUCACACUGGCUGCGGACACAUGGUGAUGAGGAAGAAACUCGCAGAUCACUUGGAAAAUGGAUGUGUUAAUAACGUGACAAUGUGUCAGAAGUGUAAGCGGAGUUUAUCCAGUAGUGAGUACGAAAAACAUUCAUGUGAAGGCAAUUUAUAUAAGGAAGAAAAACGCGUGCAAACAGAAACACCAUCAAAGGAAAAGAACCACUCUACACCAUCAGCCAACAAGGAUGGAUGUCGGUUUUCUGAAGUCGGCUGUUCGUUCAGGGGGAGCAAAGAGAAGAUAAAGGAGCAUGAAAAAAUUGCGGUUGGGGCCCACAUGCUGCUUCUGCUGCAGCACAUAAAGGAGCUGAAGGCAAGCUUGUGCCCUGCUGCCAGAGCUGCAGACGGCUUCGUCCCGCAGCCGGAGCUGAGUGUGAAUGGGGCAGGAAAACUCAACUCUGACCUGCAGAUCCCAGCGAGUUUGGAAGUCAAUGGGGACCUGGAAGUAGACUGUUUUCCUGUAUCUUCUGUUUCUGAAGAUGAUUCAGUUCUGCAGCAAAUUGUGAGGGAGAAGGUGAUUUCUGAGCUAGAAAAUAAGCUACAUGUGUUUGAGAAUAUUGUGGCAGUGCUCAAUAAAGAGGUGGAGACCUCAAACUUGGAAAUCACAGCCUUUCGGAGACAGAGUGAACUCGAUCAAAAUAUAAUACGAGGCCUUGAACUGAAGAUUGCAGAGCUGCACCGGUGCCUGACGCAGAAGGACGCAGGCCUGAGCAGUCUGCACAAGAGCCUGCUGUUCUCUGAGCAAGCUUCCUACGAUGGGGUCUUUCUGUGGAAAAUAACGGACGUCGGCAGGAAGUUACAAGACUCGGUGACGGGAAGAACAGUCAGUUUGUAUUCACCAGCUUUCUACACUGCGAAGUACGGCUACAAAGUCUGCCUGAGGGUUUACCUGAACGGGGAUGGGACAGGGAAGGGGACCCACGUGUCUCUCUUCUUCGUCGUCAUGAAAGGGGACUACGAUGCUCUGCUUCCUUGGCCUUUCAGACACAAGGUUACGUUUAUGUUGCUUGACCAAAACAACAGAGAACACAUUAUUGAUGCAUUUCGCCCAGACCUGACGUCUGCUUCGUUUCAGAGACCGGUGAACGAUAUGAAUGUUGCAAGCGGGUGUCCUAUGUUCCUUCCGUUGUCCAAAUUACAGUCACCUAAAUAUGCCUACGUGAAAGAAGACACACUUUUCCUUAAAUGCAUUAUAGAAACAAAUUAGUAAAUCUUGAAAUAUUUGUAUCUGGUAAAACACCCACUGAAUUUCAUUAGUUUACAAAAGAAGAACCAUCAGCUUGAGCCUUGGUGUUAGCUUUCACGCACACAAAACCACCUGCACUCUGCUGAAUCAGGUCUCACCGGCCGAAGAUCUGCCUGCCGGCGUGAGCUGCUGCCGAGCACACUGAGGACAUCGCCCAGUGCCACGUGAAGGCUGCUAUCGCACGUGGAAACUGUGAUUUUUUCAUAGAAACAGCUGACACUGCUCUUUUAGGUAUAGGUUGCAGUCCCUCCCGCUGCAGCUGCGCGGGUGCAGAGCAGAGCGGCUCUGGCUCCGGCCCUGCCCCGGGCGUGCAGCCGCACCGGCUGCCGGCCCUGGCGAGGGAUUUUGGCUGCUCCCCUGCCAGCAACGAGGGCAGGUUCCUUUCCCCGAGGAAACCUGGUUUGCUGAUCCAGGGUCUCCAUUCGGGCUUCCUGACCACCUUGAGAGCAGCGAGUUGGGGACAGCACUCGUGGCUUAAUACACUGUAUGGAUGACUUAUUUCUUGCUAUUUAUUUUAGACCUGUAUUUUUGUGCUCUGCGCAGAGAUGUUCUCUUGCAUCAGCAGCGUGAGCAGGCUACGUUGCACCCCGGGGAAAUCACCUCUCGUCUUUCUGAAAGACCCCUCCAUGGCUUCGGUCGCUUCCUGGAACUGCAGGGCAAGCGGCUUAUUAGAAAGUAUUUAUUUGAUCUUUUUCUUGCUCUAUUCUUUUUAUUGCUCUGAUGUUUAAGUCUUUUCACAUGCUGGAAUGGAAGUAACUACCAGAAAUGUUUUUUUUUUCCCCUUUUUUUAAAUAGAGCUAAGGAAUGGAUAAAAAUCGCUUUUACAAAUGUGUCAGGCUUGGAAAUGUCUGGAGGUGUGCACAGUUCAGACACUGCACCUUAUCCCCAAAAAGCAGCAAAUCUCGUUAGCUUCAUCCUCUGCUUCACAACUGUUUGGCAGAAUCAGUGAAAUUGCCUUGGGUUUUGGCGCAGCAGUGUUUGGCGCUGCAGCCGUGCAUCGCCCGGCAUCGCACCACGUGCUGCCCCCAGCUAGCCCCGGCCUCGCUGCUGACGUACCGGCAGGUUUGUCAAAUCUCUCCUUUCUAUCUUGGCAGCCUCCUUUUAAGUAAUUAGUUGUGGUGAAGUAUCAAAUUUCAAGAAAAAAACAUAAACAAGGAUCUCUCAGAGCUUGUUUGGGAAGGAACUGGAUAUUCUCUGCUGUCACAUGCACACCGAGUCUCUCUGCCUCCUUCUCCCUCUCCCUUCCUCCCUUUCUCUCUUCCAUAUUUAAAAUGUUCUUUCAGAGACAGAACAUUAUUUUCCCAAUGAUGCGCCAGGCCCUCUGGCCACACUGGGGAAUUUUGCUUAGAAAUGUUACGCUUCUCAUGGCUUUGGGAUUUUGACAAGUGCUGUAUUUAUUACAAUCAUUCAUAUUUUCUUACCAUUUUAUUUAUUUCCUAAAUAAAGCUCACUCACUUAA